AUGUCAUACAUUACCGAUGAUAAUGUUUCUAACAACAAUGCGUCUGACUCAAAGUACUUGGCAAUCUUUGAGCAUCAUCACGGAAAUGUGCUUGUAGACCAAACAAUUGAAAUUAGUGAUUUUUGUAAAGGAGCUUCCAAUAUUGAAAUUAUUGAGGAGAGUGAAGAAGAAAUUAAUGAAAUAAACACUAGAGCAACUCGUGAAAAAAGCAUAAUGAAUGAAAUAGAUGAUAAUAUGGGUGAAGCAAGUAAAUCAGAUAAAAAGGGAAAAAAAAAGGCAAUUAGUCAUAAAGCUGGAAAUAAACCAAACCUUUCAGAAUUACCUGAAUUUGAGCCAUUACAUACCUUUUCUAAUCAUCAUGGUUAUUCAACACUACCACAUGAAACGCAAAUAGGUACCAUUAGUCCAAUUGUACUAUUUCGAUUAUGUUUUAGUAAUAAACAAUUACAAAUAAUUGUCGAAAAUACAAACAAGUAUGAGCAAAUUAAGGGUUAUGAAGGAGGACAUGUAUGGGUUCCAUUAACUUUAAAGGAGUUAAAAGUGUGGAUUGCAUUAGUUAUAUAUAUGGGUGUUCACAAAAUUUAUGCAGUUGAGGAUUUAUGGAACUCUAACAAAAAGAUGGCGGUUCAUAAUAUUAAACAAUUUAUGUCAUUGUAUCAAUUCCAACAAAUUAAGAGAUUUCUUCAUAUUUCUAAUCCAACUGAACCUAAAUCUUAUUGGUAUUCAAAAAUCGAACCAUUGGCUUCAAAUCUUCGGAAAACAUUUAAAAAAUUAUAUACUCCUAAGGGAUAUAAAAUUUUUUCCCUUUGUGAUGCUGGUUAUACAUGGACAUUUGUAUUUUAUUCAAGGGUUGAAAAAAAUAGUGAAUUAGAACAUAUUAAUAGUAUUAAUGAUACAGGCUGUUUAGUUUGGCAUUUAGCUAAGCAACUUCUGCAAGCAUGUGGUACUAUACAUACCAAUUCAUCUAAAUUUCCUAAAAUAUUAAAACUUAAAAAUCCUUUAGUUUUAGAUUGGGAUACUCUUUCUGUCAUGGUAGUUGAUAAUGUAUUAGUAGUUUUAUGGAUUGAUAAUGGUCCAGUUUAUUUACUUACUACUAUUCACCAAAUUAUUGAUACUAUACUUGUUAAUUGUUUUUUGCUUUAUUGCAAGAUUUCUGAUACGGAUAUAUCAAGCAAAGACUUUAGAAUUGCUUUAGCAUGGGAUUUAAUUCAAGAAAAUCUAAAAAUUAUGACUAAAAAAAUAACUAGAAAAAGACCAAAUAAU